AAAUAUUUUAGUUAAAUUCAAAGAAAUGACUGGAAGAGAUUACGAUCGCAUGAAAAUGAAGAACAAAUGGGACCAGUUAAAGAAGGAUUGGAAACUAUGGAAAGAACUAAAACAGGGAUCAACAGGAAUGGGCUGGGAUCCUGUUAAGCGCACAAUAGAUGCACCAGAGGAAUGGUGGGCUGAAAAACUACAGGCAGUACCGUCAGCCAAAAAAUUUAAAUUCGUUGGCAUUGAUCCAGUAAUGGAGGAAAAACUAGAUGGAAUGUUCACUGGGGUUGUCGCUACAGGAACUCAUGCGUUUACCCCAAAUGAUAUAGGGUUGAGCAGCUCAGUUCAAGAGAUGGAUACCGUGCAGAUAGGUGAUUCAGGAGACCGAAUGAAGUGGCUACAGUGGGGAGACAAAGGUGAAUUAGAAAUUCUUGAAUAUGGGAUUCAGGAGGAGGAGAGGAAGGUGGUGCUGAGAGGAGAUCCUAGUCUUUGCAGAAUCAUAAUCUUACUCAAAACUAUGGUCAUUACGAUACGUGGAGCAAGAUGGGGCUAUUUGGUGGAGCUGCAAAGCCAAAGUCAGUGGAUUUUCCAAAAUAUGUUUAACAGCUUCUGCAUCAGUUUUUUUACAUCUUUCUGCCGCCUAGCGGACUCCCGCUACCGAGGAAAUAGGAGCAUGCCAUUACGUUAA